AGUCAACUGACGUGGCUGAUGAGCGGCGCGCGGCCAAUGGGAGCGCAGCGGGGCGGAGAGCACGCUCAGAUUGUACUACAGUGUAGUACCGCUGCCAGCAGCAGACGCGUCUCCCGGUCAGUACCGCUCUUCAGCAUCUUCUUCUGGUUCAUGGAUUAUACAGUUUCCCUCCAAGUGCAACAUCAGCUGGCGGUGUUCCCGACGCAUUUCCACCAGGGCUACAGCGUGGAGUUACAGAUGAAGUCAACAGAGGUGGACCAAGGGCUUUUCACAGACAGCUACUGCAAAGUGUGCAGCGCUCAGCUCAUCUCCGAGUCCCAGCGGGUCGCCCAUUAUGAGAGUCGGAAACAUGCCAACAAAGUGCGACUGUAUUACAUGCUACAUCCCGUGGAUGGAGGUUGCCCUGCCAAGAAGCUCAGAUCAGACAAUGGCAGUGACGAUGGCGAUGUGGACAAGAAUAAAUGCUGCACACUGUGUAACAUGUCCUUCACCUCAGCGGUUGUGGCACAGUCACACUACCAGGGUAAAAUCCACGCAAAGAGGCUAAAACUACUACUGGGAGAGCAGCCUGCCAUCACAACCAAAGAGGCAUCCCCCAGUCCUGUUAAGACCUCCCCAGAAACAUCUCCUAUGACCUCCCCACGACAGCGCCGUGACUCAGACCGCUACUGCCAGCUAUGCAACGCCUGGUUCAACAACCCUGGCAUGGCUCAGCAACAUUAUGAUGGCAAAAAGCACAAGAAGAACGCUGCCAGAGCAGAUCUCCUGGAGCAGCUGGGAAAGACCCUCGACAUGGGAGUGAUGAAAGGUCUGAAGCGAAGCUACUCCUGUGAAGUUUGCAGCGUCACACUCAACUCAGUGGCACAGUACCAUGCACAUCUGCAGGGCUCAAAGCACCAAAACAAUCUGAAGAACCAGAUAUGUGUCCAGUGAGCGUGGGACGCCGAUUAAAAAAAAACACAAAAACUACUACUGGAUUGAUGUCAGACAAGCUGUGUUCAGCUUGCCCUGCUUUUUCUGCCUCUGCCCUGCUUUUCGCUCCUCCCAACACUAUUUCAAUUUCUCUCCUCAUCUCUCUAUUUCCAACUCUCUCUCUGGCUUUUUACUCUGUCUGUUUUGGAUAUGUUUUUUUCUAACACUAGCACUGCAUCAGCUCCCUCACCUGUCAAUAUAAAGCGCAGUUCCUCCGCAUUGUUAGCCACUCCCAAACCAUAAACCUUUAACUUCCCACUGCGGCUGUAUUCUCUGCUUUUUUUUUUUCCUUUUUCUUGUUUUUAAUUGUUUGUUUUUUCAGUCCACUGACCGUCUGAGAAUAUUAAAGUGGAUCUGAUACACAGCAGCCUUUCUAACAUGCAUGGACUGAAUUUGACUUUAUUUUUCACAUGUUAAGUACUGUAAGUGGAAUUAAGAAUAUAAGGGUUUGUUUGCUUUUGCUCAAUUUAAUGUAACACAUGCAUAGUGUUUAACAUUGUUAAACACACACAGUCUCGCUCAUUGCCCUAAAUUAUGUAAGGUAUACACAGUGUAAUUUAGUGCAUACAUUCUGGACCUAAAUCCCCUUGUAGCUUUUAAGGGGUUAAUGGCAAUAAUGACACUAGUAGAAGUCUAAAAAUAAUAUGUAAUGGUAUUGUCUUCUAUUGGCCAUACUGAAGACUAAAUUGCUCUUUUUUCUUGGGUUUUGGUUGUGCUGUAAGAAGACCACCAGAACUGGUGAGAUUUGUCUGCAUCUACACAGGAUUACAAGUUAGUUUAAAAUAAAAUGUAAAGAAUCAUCCAGGUUCUGUAAAGCUUUCGACACUUUUAAUUUGCCAGUCCUGGCACCAUUCACAUUGGUAAGAACUUUGCUUUCACCAUGUUAAUCGCUGUGAUCUGGGAACAACCAACAUCACUAUAAAGCAAUCAAGCGGGGUAAGAAACUGUAAAACAAUCAGACAAGUCAGAAAAAGUUAGCCAAACUUUACUAAAGGAGAAACAAAGAAGGAUUUCCCAAACUCUAUCCAUGUACCCCAGCAUCAUCCCAAGCAAAGCACCACAGAUAUUUUUCUCCUCAGGUCCUCCAGGAUGCUUAGCUCAUCUGCCCCAAGUUCUCCACCCAGUUAGCUUCGUUUCAGCAUGAAAGGAUUUGCGUUCCAAGCUCUUGAGGUCUUCACAUGAGGUCUAAAGCUGGAAGUAUUCUUCUGCAGACAUACACAGAAAAGAGUGCUAUUGCCAGUUGAUUCCAUUAGAACCAAAUCAUUUGCAUAAACUAGAUUUGCAUAAACUAAAAGAACUGUUUGAUGUCUGGAGCACCCUUGUCCCACGGCUUUGUACCAUGGGAGGUGAAGGGCUGCCUCAAAGAAUUUCUAGAACAUUCCAAAGACUGAAAGUCACACAUACACUCAAUCUUUUCUAUGUAUAAGGCCAUCCAGACAUUAUUACCACACUGGUUGUGCCAUUGUAAUCCACCAUCUUCAGCUAACUCUGGGCUUCAAGUUGAAGUACUCUAACUACUCUGUCUGGUUGUUUGGCAUUUCAUGUUUCUUGCCCCUGUGGAAAUUUGUCUUUGUUUUAAAGCGGUCCCAGACGACUUUAAUAAUAAAAAGUGAUCUGUUAUCAUCAUUGACAGAAAUGAUGUCAAAAGAAAGUACAUUAAAGUUGUUUUUGAGGUAUGAAAAAAGUUCUGGGAUUGGGCCUGAUAUAUGUGAUAGGCAUGCAUAUGUUUGCGUGCCUUAAAACCUUACCUGAUUUCAAUUUGGCUGAUCCCCAGUUCAAGAUCAUCUUAUUAGGUAUGUCCAGACAGCUUCCAGCGCAGCUAUUUUUAGAUCCCUCCCUGGAAGUGCUGUUCUGACCAUUUACAUUUACACACUUUCACAAUGGACCAACUUCAAAUUAUGUUUGAAAGUGACAUAAAUUUCAAAGCCUAAUGGGAGGCGAUAAUCGAGACCAGAAGCAUGGUUGUUGUUAUUCAUUCACUGGAUUUGGACCAUGACAAAGUGAGACUGUCAACACCAUGUUGCUGUGGGAUCUAAAGGGGGAACUCCGACAGAAAACGACCUGUCUUGUGCCACCAUACUGUAAUGAUCUGUCAUGUUUGGCCACACGAACACACUCUGCGCUGGGAGAUCCAGCACAAAUUACAGAGGCACAAGUAGAGGCAGACAAAAUGCAACUUCCACAGACUGAUCUGAAAAGCUGAUCUUGAGUUUGUCAGGUAUGGUUUAAAUUGGGAAAAGUUUUUGAUUUUUCUAGGCCUCGUCCAGGAAGUUGUUGAUCACACCUGUUACAAAGAACAGCUAGGUUUCUCUUGGUUAUAAAAAGGUGUCACCAGACAUGAUCUCUACCGCAAGUUGAAAAGAAGGAUUUUGUUUUGUUUUAUUGCUGUCCAAUGCAGCAUAUACAGUCUACUAUAUGUAGUCAGUGUUUCAAAAUAAAAUAAUAUUUCCUUUCAUUUCAGUAUGGUCUUCAUCUCAGGGAGGUGUAACUGGAUGCUUUUGUGAAAUUUAACAAUGCUGUUGAGAGCUGAACAUUCAAAUGUACUGAAUCCAUUCCACCAUAGAGACUCGUAGAAUGUGUUGGUAGAUGAGGUAGAAAGGACUGAAGUAUAACUGUAAUGGUUUCAAAGUAUUUGAUAUUGAUGUGAAGUGUUUUAAAGGGUAAUUCAGCUUUACAUAUAUAGACAGUAUAUAUAUUAUUCAAAGCUUAUGUAGCAUUCUUCUUUCUUACAUGUCAUGUCAAGAAAUUAAAGAUGUUGACUUAAAAGCCAGUAUUGUAUAAAUGAGCACUAUAAGGAAAACUAUAGAUGAAUAAUAUAUCACUGUUGUGGACCAGAUUAAGUUGUAAUUGCUAUCUGUUUACAAUAUAAGUGAUUUUAUCUACUAUCAUUUUCAGUGCUGUGUCAACUGCAGACCUGUGUUUGAUAAAUAUGUAGCUUUGACUGUGUCGUUAAAGCGUUUAAUUUCUCAGACCUCUAAGGUUAUUGACAGCUGAAAUCACUUGAAUAUGGAGCUGGAGAUUUGUACUGUAGAGGAAAAGAAAAAAAAAUAUCAUCUCGAUUUGAAAAGUGGAAGAAUUGUCGCUGGCUGAUGUCAGAGCCGCCAGCUGAUGUGUGAGAUGCCACCGCCAACGACAUUAUGAAUAAUUUCUAGAAAUGUGUUUUUUAAUAUUGCAAAUAAGACAUGCACGUAUGAUUUGUUAUUGCAACGAGGAAAAAAAAUGAAUUGCAUUGCUCAGCCUGAGUAAUAACGUCUCUGUCCAGGCAUUGCUUUGAAUCAGUCAUUUCUCCUUCAUCACAGGAUGUCCUCUGCUCAUACACCCCCUAGUCCUGUUGUGCUCUGGGUUAUGUGCUUUAUUGUGUCUGAGAAACGAAUAAAAGACACU